AUGACUUCGCCGCUCUUGGGAUUACUUACCCUACUGCUAUUGCAGCCAUUGGAUCUUUUCGCUUGGCAGGAUUACAAGGACUACAAGGUGAAAACCCACUUUGGGAUUUUAUCGGACCAAAUCGGAACGAAGUGGGGUCACGAUGAGGGAUCCUCUUCAGAUCCCUGCGAGGAUAAUUAUCGCGGUGAGAGACCAUUCGACCAACCCGAGUCGCAGGUUCUGCGAGAUGUGAUGCUCCAUUAUAAAGGACGUCUUAACUUUUAUCUCUCACUCCACUCCUACGGAAACUUAUUACUUUUACCCUGGGGUUAUACAAGUGACUUUCCCGAUCACUACCAGGACAUGAUGUCCGUGGCGGAUGCUGGCGCCAAGGCGAUUGUGCACUCCACCAAUGGGAUAUAUAGCUACGGCAGUACUUACUAGGUUCUAUAUCCGACAUCCGGCGAUUCGGCAGACUUUGCUCUGGGAGUGGUGAAUGCCACUGUGGCCAUGACCACGGAGCUGCCGGCUGCUGGAUUCCUGGGAUUCGAUCCCUGGGUUUCCCAAAUCGAGCGAUUGGUUACGGAAAGUUGGGUGGGAGUGCGAGCCAUGGCCGCGGAGGUGAUAAGGCGUUAUCCGGCGUAAUCGGGCUGUAAAUAAAGAGACAUUAGCGUUGAAUUGCGCCAGCUCUGAUUUGCUGGU